CUUUGCAAGUAACGUCUGAAGUCAAUUGACCCCAAAUUCAACUUGGGAGAAGAACAAACGAGUCUUUUGCUUUAUUUUCAGACGCUGUUGCUAUAAUUAGGGCCCAAUAUAAACAGGCCAUAUCAAAGUUUCAUCUCAUUUAAUCAUACAUAAUACAGAGACAGUAUUGUAAUUGGAAAGAAUUCGAAUUGGAGAUUUCGACGAAUCUCCAUGUUUGGGACCUCCCAAAUUACUCAAAAAUGCUUUGAUCUAGAAGGAUGUAAUUUGAUCUAAUGAUGGAUCCUAAAAGCGAGUUGGAUAAAGCCGUGAAUGCUUUCAUGACGUAUGAAGAUUAUUUGGAUUCAAUGCUCACAAAGGACGAUCUUAUGUUUUUGGAAGACAAAGAAAUGUGCAGGGAUCUUCUGGUGCUCGGAUAUCAUUCAAACAAGCGAAUCAUCCCGAAGGAAGCUUUUGAUCAAAGGAAAGCGCAAAAGGCUGCACAGACAGAAGAACAAAAUGUCAAAGACAUAAGAAUUUGCGGCAGUGAAUUACAGACUUCCUGCAACUUAAUGCAAGCUCUAGCCAAACGAGAAGAAGACAAUUUAACAGGUUGUCUGGCAACAAUAAUAUUUAUUCGAGAUAUCAAUGAAAAAGGCGAGGAAGUUUCCGCUUACAUUGAUUAUAGGCACAGAUUAAGAACCGAAGACUGGAUACCUUACUUUAGAGGAGAGAAAAAGAUUGUUCCUUCGGAAAAGGAUUUAAGCUUUUAUAACUGGGUUAAAGGAACUUCGUACCAUACAUCGAGUGCCAAUUUCGAAGUUGUGCCGGAUACGGAUACUCUGAAGUUAAUUUUCAUUUGCACGACUGAUCGUUAUGUUAUUGAUGUCAACCCAAAAACUCAAACGACGGAAAAAGUCUUCCGCUUAGAUUUGGCAGACACAAACUAUGAACAAGCAGCUAUAUUCGAUCACGUGGUGGACAGCCCCAUCCCCUGAAAACAAGGAAAAAUUGCAAAGGAUUCGAAACCGCGAUCAUUGAAUUACCCAUCCAUUCUCUCUUCUUACUCGCUAAUAGAAUACUGAUGACAACGAGAUGAUACUGAAUAUGGUAGAAGUUUUGGUAUAAAAAUUUCUUUUGUAUGAAAAAAAGUAUUCAGGUGUGAUGAAAAUAAUUAUUUGAAAAUAUAAA